UUGAGGAAGGAGCUCAGUGGCAGAGCUCCUUCCUUGGAGGCCUAGUGGGGCGGGUACGCCCGAGAGCGGGCGAGGCAGUCAGUCGGCGGCUUUGCCGUUGUGGGUGCUAUAGGGUCGCCGUUGCUCGGGGGUCUCCUCUUCGGUUCCGCGGGACUGGCGGCGGCAGCGUCCUGCGGGCCUGGCAAACGGCUUUAGGCCUCUCCCGUCCCGGCGUUCGGUUCAACGGGGCUUUGGCCCCCUGGUUUGUGGGAUUGUCUGGUGGUUGGGCGUUGGGUGCUUGGUGGUUGGGUGCUUGGUGCCCGGGCCCUGUAGGGACCCUUUAGCUGGUAAGCGGGGUUGCCGGGUUGUUCCCUGCUGUGCUUUGGGGCUUUUUUGCCUUGGUAUACGCUGUUUGGGUUGGGGUUGUUGGCCCUCUUUUGCACAGCGGAGAGUUUCCGGCCUUUUACAGUGAGGGCUGCCCUGCUUGGUGCUAGCUUGCUUGGUGGGCCCUGGUUUUGUUCCCCUGCUGGCUUAGGCUUUGCUUUUGGAGGAUCCUGGUCUUUCUCCUGUGGGGCCUGGGCUGAUAAGGCAGGAUGCCUGGUAAAGCUAAGGGUAAAAAAGGGGGGCGGCCUAUUAGGCAGCCCAAGCGGCCUGCCCCCCCGCAGUCCUCUUCUGAAGAGGAAGAUGAGGAAAUGACACUCAUUAGGGGGUUAAUUGUUAGAAUGGAGGCUUUGGAAAAAGCGAAAGCCACCCCUUCCGAUAAGGGUGCUGGCCCUUCAGGUGGGGGCGGGGUUCCACCUCCUAAGGUUCCUCGGAGAACUAGGGGGUCGGUGAAGUACCAGUUACUAACCUCUCUUUCUAGCAGGUUAGAUGUGCUUGAACGGGGUCUGAACCCUACUGGACCUGAUCCUUCUGCGCCUGCGUUGCCGCUUCCUGCUCCUGAAGCUCCUGUUCCAGAGGCGCCUUCACCAUCACUUCCUGCGCCUGCAGCGCCGGUUGAACAGCCACCGCUGGAUCCGACUGGCCCUUUGGUCACGGGUGCUGGCGGGGCGGCGGUCCCGGUCCGAGUCCUGAUGUGUGGCCAUUCGUUGGUCUUCUGGGCUUUCAAGCGGGCCAGCACCUCACACUGGGGAUCCCAGCUGGGGAUGGGUGGCAGCGCGUCUGUUUAUUGGUUGGGCAUGCGAGGCAUGCUCUGGAGUCAGCUGCUUCCGGCUUUGAGAGACCAUUUAGACAGGUUCCCUACUCUUAGCAUUUUAGUUUUGCAUCUGGGGGAGAAUGAUCUGGGCCAGCGGACUGGCCUGGCCAUCUUUCAGCAAGCCUCCGCGGACUUAGCAACAUUGCGCAGGUGGAUGCCUGGGGUGCGCAUAAUUUGGAUCAAUUGGCUCCAACGUAGAGUGUGGCAUGGGGCUCAAUCUGGCUUAAGCCUUGAAAAGGCACGCCGUAAAAUUUCGGCUGCGAUUGGAAAAACAGUGGUGGUGGCGGGGGGCUCUGUGUUGCGGCAGCCAGAAUUGGCUGCUCGCUUCCCGGAGUUAUUCCGUCCCGAUGGGGUACAUCUUUCCCAAAAAGGUUGCGACCUUUAUAUUCGCAACAUCCGGGAGGCUAUUGCUGGAAGUUUGGGCUGGCGUGGGGCAGGAAGGUCAAGCGAGGGCUAACCUUCCUUAGUGGCAGGAACAGUGCGGGCUUUGGGGUAAGGUGGUAUAUUUUAUCGGUGAGCACCCUUGGAUAUUGUAAGGUGGAUUGGUCAAUCGCUUCCUUGUGGCCUGUGCGGCACGGGAAGACUUCGAUUGCCAUGAAACCUGCUUUGGGACUUGACCAACCUUUGGGCUGUGCGGUCCGGGGUGGAUAAAGAUCCGAAGCUGUCCAGAUCCCCUCUUUUAUAGGGGGCGGUCGGCUGUGAAGGAACUGGGUGGGAGGUACCUGCCUCUUUCCUGAGCCAGGGUGUGUCGCCCUUUGGGCUGAUGGGUAGGAUGAAGUAAUCCUAGCCCAGGCCUAGGUGCCCGCACUGUUUUUUUCUUUGGUGAUUAAUCACCUUGUUCAGUCCGCUAUGUUUAUGUUAAUUUAAUAAAGCGUGGCCCAUUUCUCCCAC